AUGAAGCCAGCAUUUGCAGCUCUUCUACUUGUGUGUCUUAUCCUCUCCUCAUCUAUGUUUGAAAUCUCAGCACUUGGUGUUGAUGCAGGUGGUUUCUGCACGGCGAAGUGCAGACAGAGGUGCUCGAAAGCGGGGAGGAGAGACAUGUGUUUGAAUUUCUGUGGAAUAUGUUGCAGGAAGUGUAAGUGUGUGCCAUCAGGGACAUAUGGUAACAAACAUGAAUGUCCUUGUUACAGAGACAUGAGGAACUCGAAAGGAACCCCAAAAUGCCCUUAA